CGUUCUCUACUAUACCAAAGAAAAAAAAACUUAAAUUAAAUUUAUAAAAAAUAAAAAUAAAAAUCGGCCACAUCUUGUUAUUCCUAUCCCACUAUCUUCUAUGUAAAGCAAAGUUACACUAAUACAUCAUAUGUAUGCCUUCUAUAUUUAUAGCUUAAGUUGUUCCUCCACCAUUCUUAUUUGGUAUUCUUAGAUCAAAGAGACAUAAGAAACCAACCACGGUUUUCAUGGUCUUACGUGGUUUGAUCAAUAAGAAAGAAGCAAAUACAUAUGUGUAUGUAUAAGGUCGCUCGGGCCGGCUAACAUUUAGGGUUUAGGGUUUUCAUGGCGAUCAACAAGUAAGAAGCAAAUAUAUACACAAGCUUUGUUGGGAUUAGGGCUUGCACUCCUGGCGGCGUCGGCGCAGAACCGGUGCACUGCUUUAGUCUGCUCUUGCUAUGUGCCGUCGAGGAAUUCGAGUAGCAAAGAAGAAGAGAUUAUUAGCAAUAGAAGCAGCAGCAGUAGCAACAUCAAGAAGAGGACUAGUUUGGGAAAGAACAUUAAAGAUGGGGUCAUGGAAGAAGCAGCUGGUAAUAAUAACAAUCAUGAUGAAUUACAGUUAAGCAUCGACAAGAUCAGCAAUGGCGGUGGGACUAAUGUCUCCCACAUUGAACCAAACCCAACUCUCAAGAGUAAUCUGAAGAAAACAACUACAGCAGCAGCAGAUGAUAAUGAUGGAGAGGGUGAGUUAAUGAAGACUGAAAGGAGGAAAGUAAGUUGGCCAGAUGCUCAUGGAAAAGAUAUUGCACAUGUUCGAGAGUUUGAGCCAAGUGUGUCAGAUGAUGGGGAGCUGGAAGGGGUUAGGAGGUCUUGCGUUUGUGUCAUUCAAUGAAGCAACAUUCCCCUUGUAGGUAAAAAAGUCCUCCUUCAACAUGAUCUUCGCAAUGAUCUUUAUGAUAUAAUGUUGGAUGAGAAAAUUGUAUACAUGAUUUACUUGCAUGAAUCUUGCACUGUUUAGUGCCUAUUCAUUGUUAGCCAAAUGAAUCGAAGUCCAAUUACUCCACAUCUCAGUGUAUAAUUCAAUUAAUAGUUCAUAUAAUAGAUGUAUGUAUGACGCGUUGGAGUUAACAA